UCAGCCGUCACCGGAGAAGGGACAACGAGAUGCACGGCCAGCCUCGGCGGCCCAAGAAGCCGGAGGACGGCGCGGCGGCGGCGGCGAAGGCCGCCAAGCUCCGGGACCUCCAGGCCCAGGUCCUCCACAACCACCACACCUCCACGUACACCGAGGAGGCGCUCGGGCUGAGCUUCAAGCUCCUCGAGAUCAACCCGGAGGCCUACACGGCGUGGAACUACCGGAAGCUCGCGCUGCGGCACAACCUCAAGGAGCUCUCGGAACCGGAGGCUAUCAAGUCCGUUGUCGAUGGCGAGCUAAGAGUGGUGGAGGCUGCGUUGAGGGCGAACCCAAAGUCCUACGGAGCGUGGUAUCACCGUAAGUGGCUGCUGAAUCAGAGGCUUACCCCGGUGGAUUCCAAGCGUGAAUUUGGCCUCCUGGAUAAGCUAUUGAAGGUGGAUGCGAGGAAUUUUCACGGAUGGAACUACCGCAGGUUCCUUGCAAAAUUUAUGGGGGUGCCAGAAGAGGAUGAGCUUAAGUACACAAUGGUUAAGAUCUGUGACAACUUCAGUAAUUACUCAGCAUGGCAUAAUCGCAGUAUACUUCUGUCCAAUCUGCUAGUCCAACAGAGCAAAGGUUUUGAGUCAAAGCAAAAGAUUUUUAAGGAAGAGUUUGACCUCGUUACCCAGGCACUUUUUACAGAUCCAAGUGAUCAGAGCGGAUGGUUUUAUCACCUCUGGCUUUUAGCUCAGACAUCUAGUCCAGAGAACCCGCAGCUGAUUGCAUCAUGGCCAUGCAAUGAUGCAAAGCUCAGCUUAUUUCCUUUCAGCAAAAGUGACGACCUAACUAUGGUGUCUUCCUCGAGCUCCAUUUGUUGUUACUCAUUGAAGGACAGGAUUGUACCCAUUGUUCUCUAUUUCGAUGAGCCUGUCAAAGGAUUAAAUUCAUCAAAUGUGAAAUUGAAUUCUGAUUUGGUGAUUGGAAAGGAUAUUCAGUGGAGGCCCCUCUCAGUAACAGACUCUGGGCAUUCCAAUUGUUGGGUUACAUAUCUUGAAAUUUCAAAUAAAGAAUGUAGCAGUCCACAACAAUUUUCUGUUGAAGUAAGCAUACCCUGCUCAGAUGACAUGGUGUCUAGAAGUGGCUCCCCUUGCAGUUCUCCUGUGCAUUUCACAUUUACCAUUGAACUAAGCAACAGCAAUGAUAAACCACAGGAUAUUGAUUUGUUUCAUGAACCAAUCUCCUGGAAUUGCUCAGAAUCAUUUCGGUCUGAUGGAAACCCUAGUUUUGUAGCUUUUGAUCAGCUAAAUAUCUUGAAUACUGUGGUUCAAGAGAACUCAAAAUGGCAUUUGGAAGGACUAUCUGAUCAAAUCGACCUCUUCAGAGAAUUACCUGAUGAGAAUAGCAAAUUUGCCAAGUUGACGUUAGCACGUCUACUACUUGCUUGUGCUGCAAUAAAGUCCCGCGGAAAUUCUCUGAUAGAAAGAAAGGGGUACUGUGAAGAGGCACUAGGGCUGUUCAGUGACUUGAUUAACUUGGAUCCAUCACAUAAAAGGUAUUAUGAAGACGAGCGAAGCUUAGUCAUAAUGGAUCAGUUGACAUGCGAUAUGAGGACUUUCAUGAAGUACUGUUCAGUCCAAGUGAAAUCGAAUUCAGCUCCAUUAAACCACAUGCAACUCUGCAGAUUGUCCUUAACCUGCAUUGGAUUUACUGAACGCAUGUUGUGGGUUCAAAUGCUGGACCUAAGCCAUAACAGUCUCAGAUCAGUUGAAGGUUUGGAGGCUUUGCAGCAGCUUGCGUGCCUGAACAUAAGCAACAACCAGAUCAGUAGCUUCACAUCACUUGAACCCCUCACUAAGAUAGUUUCUCUGAAAGCACUGGAUCUGUCUUUUAAUCAAAUUGGAGCUCACCCUAUUGACACGACACGGUAUAUCUGCUCCUCCCCGUUUUCACACAAAGGCGAACCAUGUGAGGAAGCCUUUGAAGCGUGCCGAAAGAAAAGCAUUGUCGUGGAGGAAUUCUGGGACGCCAUACUGUUCUUCAAAUCCGUUAAGUUGGUACAGCUUGACAUCAAAGGAAAUGCAGUUGCCGACAAGGAUGACUUCAGGACUGUCGUGACGACACUCAGUCCUUCUCUGAAAUGGCUCGAUGGCACAUGUGUUCAUUAGCUGAAUGGUUAUCAUCAGAGAAAAUACUUACUUGAAUAGGAUGUCAAAGCAAACGUUGUACGCUUUUUUUUUUAGCUAGCAGGCUAGCAGCUGUCGACUUGUUUCAUAUGUACAUUGUUAUGCAAAUCUGAGACCGGAACCUGAUAUUGCAGAGAUUUCUUGUUUGUUUGCAGUGA